AUGCGUUUCCGUCCUCGACUGGGUUUGUUUUCUGCCCUUCAGGCUGCGCCAGCUCGUCGAUUUGCGACGGAGUCGCGGUUAACCACGGAUCAUGUUCGCAUUGUUGAAGUUGGGCCCCGAGACGGCUUGCAGAAUGAGAAAAAGUCCAUAUCGUUAGAGACAAAGCUCAAGCUUAUUGAGAAGCUGGCAAAGACUGGUGUGACAACUAUUGAAGCUGGUUCCUUCGUGCCUGCGAAAUGGGUGCCCCAGAUGGCAAGCACUGCGGAGAUCUGCGAAAACCUCCUUCGAACACCGCCACAAUCUCAACACGCUAUUGCCUACAACUACCUUGUUCCAAACGUGAAAGGGCUUGAAAACCUUAUCAGGAUUAUGGAAGCCACAGGCACUGCGGCAGAGGCGACUGGAUCGCCAUCAAAGUCUGAUACUUCUACUGAGAUAUCUCUUUUUGCUGCUGCGACUGAAGCGUUUUCUAAGGCGAAUACCAACUGUACCAUUGAGGAGUCGCUGGAGCGCAUCCGUCCCAUUGUGUCACUGGCUAAAACCAAGAACAUCCGGGUUCGAGGUUACGUUUCUGUAGCCCUUGGUUGUCCUUAUGAGGGGCCCGACGUGUCGCCGUCCAAAGUGGCGGAUAUCACAGCUACUUUGCUCGAAAUGGGAGCGGACGAGGUGUCUGUUGCUGACACUACUGGUAUGGGAACUGCCCCACGGACAAUGCGACUCCUGCAGACCCUCAAAGGGGCGGGAAUCGCUAAUAGCGACUUAGCCCUCCAUUUCCACGACACAUACGGGCAGGCCCUGGUUAAUACUAUUGUUGGUCUGGAGCAUGGAAUUCGUAUAUUCGACAGCAGUGUGGGUGGCCUUGGAGGAUGCCCAUACUCCAAGGGUGCUACAGGUAAUGUGUCGACAGAAGACCUUGUCCAUACCAUCCAUGGUCUAGGGAUGCAUACAGGCAUUAACCUUGAAGAGAUGUCGAAGAUCGGGGCAUGGAUUAGCGGGGAGCUAGGCCGGUUUAAUGAAAGCAGGGCUGGAAAAGCAACUCUUGCAAGGAUCCAAGAGUGA